CUGUGCGUAUUUUUUUCUGUACUCAUGUUAACAUGUUUUCAUGCAAAGGCAGAAAAGUCUCUUUGCCAAAUGAUGGGGGACCCAAAAUACCCGUUGCUUUCAAAGGAUGGAGACGUAACUAUUGGAGCACUUUUUCCAAUCCACAGCAUAGAGACAUUACCUUUAUAUAAGUUUCAGCAAAAACCUCAGCUUUUAUCAUGCUCAAGUGUGAGCCUGAGAGAUUUCCGAAUGGCUCAAAUCAUGAUCUUUGCCAUAGAGGAGAUUAACAGAAGUGAAAAUCUGCUCCCAAAUGUUUCUAUUGGCUACCGAAUUUAUGAUACCUGUGGUUCAAGGCUAUCUUCUAUGGGUGCAAAUAUGGCAUUAAUGAAUGGUGAACAGUUUGCAUCAGGGGACAGAUGUAAUGGACAAUCUCCUAUUCAUGCAAUCAUAGGAGAAACCGAGUCAUCCAACACAGUUAUUCUGUCCAGAACUACAGGACCUUUUAAAAUUCCAGUGAUAAGUCCCUCAGCCUCAUGUGAAUGUCUCAGUAAUAGAAAAGAUUACCCCUAUUUCUUCAGAACUAUCGCUAGUGAUUACCACCAGAGCAGAGCACUAGCAUUCCUAAUCAAAUACUUUGGCUGGUCUUGGGUUGGAGCUGUGAACAGUGACAACGAUUAUGGAAACUAUGGAAUGGCAAUAUUUCUGAAUACAGCUGAGAAGGAGGGGAUUUGUGUGGAGUACUCUGUAAAAUUCCAGAGAACAGAGACUGAAAAACUUAAAAAUGUGGUAGACACAAUACAAAAAGGCACUGCAAAAGUCAUUGUUGCAUUUCUUACCAAUUUUGAAAUGAACAAUCUACUUGAUUAUUUAAUUAUUCAGAACAUUACAGGCCUCCAAGUAAUUGGUGUGGAGGCAUGGAUAACAGCCGACAGUAUGGUCACUCCUAACAGUUUUCAUGUGCUGGGAGGAUCAUUGGGGUUUGCUGUGAAAAAAAACAAUAUUGAAGGUUUUGCAGAUUAUGUUAUAAAAUCAUUCUGGGACACAGCUUUUCCAUGCUCACAGACUAAGGGGAAUUCUUCUCAAUAUCAAUUAAUUUGCAACGCAUAUCAAGAUCUCCUUGUGUUGAAAAGCAACAAUGAAGAUGUAUCUGAACAAAGAUACGCAAGCAAUGUAUACAAAUCAGUUUAUGCAGUGGCUCAUUCACUACACAAUCUACUAAAGUGCAAAGAAAAAGAGGGUUGUGAAACAGACCUGAAAAUACAACCACAGCAGGUGGUUAAGGCUCUGAAAAAGGUAAAUUUCACAAUGAAGAUGGGAGAUCACGUGUGGUUUGACAGUACUGGUGCAGUUGUAGCCCAAUAUGAAGUUGUGAAUUGGCAGCAGGACUCUAAUGGAUCAAUCAAGUUUAAACCAGUAGGAUACUAUGAUGCUUCACUGGCCCCUGACCAACGAUUUGUGCUCAACACUGACAACAUAAUCUGGGCUGGAGGACAGCUGGAGAAGCCAAGGUCUGUGUGCAGUGAGAGUUGUCCUCCUGGCACCAGGAAGGCUGCACAGAAAGGAAGACCUGUCUGCUGUUAUGACUGUAUUCCAUGUGCAGAAGGAGAAAUCAGUAAUGAGACAGAUUCAAAUAACUGCAAGCAGUGUCCAGGGGAAUAUUGGUCUAACGAUGAGAAAAAUAAAUGUGUGUUAAAGGCUGUAGAAUUUCUGUCAUUCACAGAAGUUAUGGGUAUAGUGCUAGUCUUUUUCUCACUGUUUGGAGUUGGAUUGACUGUACUGGUGGCCAUCCUGUUUUACAGCAAGAAGGACACCCCCAUCGUGAAGGCCAACAACUCAGAGCUGAGCUUCCUGCUGCUCUUCUCAUUAAUUCUGUGUUUUCUCUGUUCACUUACUUUCAUUGGUCGUCCCACUGAGUGGUCUUGUAUGUUCCGACACACUGCGUUUGGGAUCACUUUUGUCCUCUGUAUCUCCUGUGUUCUGGGGAAAACAAUGGUGGUGUUAAUGGCCUUCAAGGCUACACUUCCAGGAAGUAAUGUCAUGAAAUGGUUUGGACCUGCACAACAACGACUCAGUGUUCUCACCUUUACACUUAUACAGGUUCUUAUCUCUGUGUUAUGGCUAACAGUAUCUCCUCCAUUUCCCUACAAAAAUAUGAAAUAUUACAAAGAAAAGGUCAUUCUUGAGUGCAGUCUGGGUUCCACAAUAGGUUUCUCAGCUGCUCUGGGUUAUAUUGGUCUACUGGCUGUCUUGUGCUUCAUGAUGGCUUUUUUGGCUCGGACGCUGCCUGAUAAAUUCAAUGAAGCCAAAUUCAUCACAUUCAGUAUGCUUAUAUUCUGUGCUGUAUGGAUCACAUUUAUCCCAUCUUAUGUCAGUUCUCCUGGAAAAUUGACUGUAGCCGUGGAGAUAUUUGCCAUUUUAGCUUCAAGCUUUGGUUUACUAUUCUGCAUAUUUGCACCAAAAUGUUAUAUAAUCAUGUGUAAGCCAGAACAAAAUACAAAGCAGCAUAUGAUGGGAAAGUUUGACAAAUAA